AUGUCCUCAAGGCGUGGCUAUGGUAUUCUAAACUGGUUUUGCCCAAGUCUGUUUUUCUGCUGCUGUUGGAUUCUGUUUAACGCCCAUCCUCCCUUUUCUGGGGUGCUUGUUGUUGGCCUUAGAUACAUGGUCUUCCUGGAGCUGUUCCUGCAGACGGCUGAGAAGCACUUCAUGGUGGGACACAGGGUCACCUACUAUGUCUUCACCGACCGGCCCGCCGAUGUGCCCAGGGUGCCCCUCGCUGAAGGGAGGCAGCUGGUAGUCCUGGAGGUCCGAAAGUAUGCGCGCUGGCAGGAUGUGUCCAUGCACCGCAUGGAGAUGAUUAGCAACUUCUCGCGGCAGCGCUUCCUCCGCGAGGUGGACUACCUGGUGUGUGUGGACGUGGACAUGAAGUUCAGCGACCACAUGGGUGUGGAGAUCCUGUCCCCCCUGUUCGGCACCCUGCACCCCAGUUUCUACAGGGCGGCCCAUGAGGACUUCACCUACGAGCGUCGUCCGCGGUCCCAGGCCUACAUUCUGAGAGAAGAGGGUGACUUUUACUACGUAGGAGGCUUUUUUGGGGGUUCGGUGGUCGAGGUUCUCCAGCUGACCACGGUCUGUCACCAGGCGAUGGUGGUCGACCGGGCCAACGCGAUCGAGGCCGUGUGCCAUGACGAGAGCCACCUGAACAGGUACCUUCUCUACCACAAGCCCACCAAGGUGCUCUCCCCGGAGUACCUGUGGGAUGAACGGAUGCUGCAGAGGCCUCCUUUCCUCAGGAAACUGCGCUACGUGGCGGUGCCCAAGAAUCAUACAGAAAUCCGGAACUGA